AUGUCGUUCUCAAACCUGGUGUCAGAUAUUGCUUUCCGCGAUGCUCGCGCCGAUGAUGGCAGCUCGCAAAUCUCACACGCCCGAUCGCACGCCGCUCGUUCAUAUGCCAGCACGGCGGCCACAAGUGUCAGCAUCUCCGGCGAGGUUUCCAGCCAGCUACACUCGGGAUACAGUCAUCCUUUAACCAGAGCAUGGCAAGCCGAGCGACAAUUGACCAAGGAUAUGCUUAUUUAUCCCUUGUUCAUCACCGACAACCCCGACGAAGAAACCCCUAUCCCCUCCUUGCCUAACCAGUCCCGUCGUGGAGUCAACCGAUUGAUUCCUUUCCUGGCCCCACUGGUCCGCAAAGGCCUGCGCUCGGUUAUGCUGUUUGGUGUUCCGCUUCACCCCUCAGCAAAAGAUGCCCUCGGUACCGCGGCAGAUGACCCUGAUGGACCCGUGAUUCAAUCCAUCCGCCUCCUCCGCUCUCGCUUCCCUCAAUUAUACAUUACGACCGAUGUGUGUCUCUGCGAGUACACAUCCCACGGCCACUGUGGCAUCCUCCGCGAGGACGGAUCCCUCGAUAACGCACAGUCCGUCGAUCGGAUUUCCGAUGUUGCCGUUGCGUACGCCGCAGCAGGAGCCCACUGCGUGGCACCCUCAGAUAUGAACGAUGGCAGAAUCCGCGCCAUCAAGCUCAAAUUGAUCGAGUCCGGUUUGGCCCACCGCGUGCUUUUGAUGUCCUAUAGUGCCAAAUUCAGUGGCUGUUUAUACGGUCCGUUCCGGGAUGCGGCUGGUUCCUGUCCCUCCUUCGGAGAUCGCCGCUGCUACCAACUCCCUCCCGGUGGUCGUGGUCUCGCGCGACGUGCCAUUCAGAGAGAUAUGGCCGAAGGUGCCGAUAUUAUCAUGGUCAAGCCGGCCAGCAGCUACCUCGAUAUCAUCCGGGAUGCCAAGGAUCUGGCGCCCGACCUCCCGGUGGCGGCAUACCAGGUCAGUGGUGAAUUCGCCAUGAUCCACGCCGCUGCCAAGGCAGGUGUCUUCGAUCUCAAGGACAUGGCUUUUGAAAGUACCGAAGGUAUCUUGAGAGCAGGCGCCGGCAUUGUGAUCAGUUACUUCGUCCCCGAAUUCCUUGAUUGGCUUUGA